AUUCAUCUCUCACUUCCUCUUAUUCCCUCAUUAAUUCUUUUUUCUUCUUUGCUUCAUUCAUAACAUGUCUCUCUCCCACGGUCAGGAAAUCGAAUACAAGGAGGCUUUCGCUCUGUUCGACCCCACUAAUUCGGGUGUCAUCCAGCCAAAGGCCUUUUCCGACUUUAUUGCUCUCCUCAACGACCCCGAGUUGACUAAGAAUGUCAAGAUCCCCACCCAGCCCAUGGACUACAAGACUUUCGUUGCUUUGAUGGCAAAGAACCACAAGGGUGCAGAGACUUCUGAUGAUGCCUAUGGUGCUCUCUUCAGAAACAUCAACAAAGAUGGCUCUGGUAACAUCUCUGCCGCUGAACUCCGCGCUGCUCUUCAGCACUUUGGCAACAGCUCUUUGUCUGAGGCUGAUGUUGACGAGAUUGUUCAUGAGGCUGAUGUCUCUGGUGAUGGUCGAAUCACUUUGGAGGAAUUCUUGAAGAUCAUGCAGAAGUCUGAGAAGAAGCUCCGCGGUGAGCAUGUUUUGUAAACAACUUACGCCCCUUCUUCCUCACUUCCUCCCUCUCCCAUUCUCUUCCUCAUUAACUCUAGCGAUGCCUUUCAUGCUUUUUGUCAGCAUCGAGCGUUGUAUUUCCAAUAAACAAAUAAUAAUAUUAACCCAUAGACAAA